AUGCCUUCAGUCGUUGAAACACAGGCCCCCCACCUUCGGGUGUCGGCUACGAAAGCAGAAUCAUCGGGAGUUACAGAAAAUCUCUCGACGAGAAUUACACCCCCCGAGACCUCCUCGGUCGACGAUCACUUUUUCUGGACCUACACAGAGGAACCACACCGGUCAAGGCGGCAAGCAAUCAUCAAGGCUCAUCCAGAGGUGACCAAGCUCUGUGGUCCUGAGCCAUUGACCAAAUGGACCGUUCUUCUUGUGGUCUCCAUCCAGUUGACCUGUGCCUACCUUCUCCGAAACACCUCAAUCCUCGACUGGCGAUUCCUCGCCACAGCGUACGUGGUGGGAGCAACAGCAAACCAAAACCUCUUCCUUGCGAUCCAUGAAAUCUCCCAUAAUCUGGCCUUCCGGUCUCCCAUAGCCAAUCGUCUGCUGGCCAUCUUUGCAAACUUGCCAAUUGGACUGCCAUACAGCGCCGCGUUCCGGCCUUACCACCUCACUCACCACAAAUCUCUCGGUGUCAAUGGUCUGGACACCGAUCUUCCCACUGCACUAGAAGCAUUCUUGCUUGACUCCAUCCUCGGCAAAACGUUCUUUUGCACGUUCCAAAUCCUCUUCUACGCCGUGCGGCCUAUGUUCAUCUACAGCCCUCCGUUCACUUCCAUCCAUCUCCUCAACCUGAUCGUUCAGCUGUCCUUCGAUUACGCCCUCACGAAGUCCACCAACUCUCUCCAACCCUUCUACUAUUUCAUUGCCAGCUCCUUCCUGGCAGGCUCUCUGCACCCGUGUGCCGGCCACUUCAUCGCUGAACACUACUUCUUCUCCAACGUGGCCUCUGGCGGCACUGAGUCCAUUGCUCAGCUCAAGCAGAAGCCCGGCACAGAAGUGGACGCUUCCCACCCGCUCAGCUCCCUUGCUCCGCCAGAGACUUACUCCUACUACGGUCCAUUGAACAUCCUGACCUACAACGUGGGCUUGCACAACGAGCACCACGACUUUCCAGCCAUCCCCUGGACCAGACUACACAAGUUACACUCGAUCGCGAAGGAAUUUUACGAGCCGCUGCCCUGCCAUCGCAGCUGGGUGUGGGUGAUCUGGACCUUCAUUUUGGACAAGAACGUCGGCCUCUGGUGCCGAGUGAAGCGUGCGGACGGCGGUCGUAUCGUUGGCGGUGGUAGUGGGACUUCUGGCAAGAAGUCCACAGGGCGCAGUGGAGAAGGUAUCUCGGCCGAGUCGGCGGGCCCGGCUGGCGAAGAGGGUGAUGGGUGGAAAGAAAGUGAACUUCAGCUGUAG